AUGAAGUUCCCGAAGGUGCGUAUAGGUCAAAAUGACCCGUUCACGGUUUCAUAUUCAACAAACCAUUUGUUGUUUAUUGACGACCUGAAAAUAAUUGCUGAGAAAGAAGACACCGUUCUAAAAAUGAUGGAAGAUGUCGAUGAAUAUUUUGAUGCCGUUGGCCUCAAGAGGAACUCGGAAAAGUCUGCGACUAACCUGGACUAUGUGAAAGAUACAAAAUGUCUGGAUGGGUGUGCUGGGUAUCGAUACCUGGGAGUCUUGGAGGAUAGAGGAAGUGAUGUCAAGAAAAUCGAGGUAAUGAAAACAAUUGCUCGAAACGUGAAAGAGAGAAUCGAGAGUCUUGCAAAAACAAAGUUAAGUGCAGUAAACCUCUUUAAAGCGAUAAACGAAUAUGCACUCUCUCUCUACAACUACUAUAUUGGAUUGAUCGACAUUGAACCGAGUGAGUUUGAUGCCAUUGAUCUGGUAAUUCGUCGCAUUCUAACUACUUUACGAAUCCAUCUGAAGCCCGCUAAUAAAGAAAGAUUAUAUCUCGGCAGAAAUGGUUUUGGAAGAGGCUUAAUCUCAAUUUCCAAUAAGAGCGAAUGCAUCCUGCUCCAAUUUCUCUCCGACCUUGAAAGAAAAGCCUCGUUGUGCCUCAGAAGAGCAGGAAUCUUGCGGGUCUUGAGAGAAAAGAAAACACAUAUGACCACGAUUGCAAGAUUUCUCGCUCUCAAGUACAAUCUGGAAGACCAAUCAAAAUUGGAUGUAAACCUUAUUAAGGAGUGCCAGAAGAAAAGACUAAUGGACACCAUUAAAUCUAAGAUGAUACAUUCAACGCUGUUUAAAUGCAUUCAGGAAUAA